UAGGAACUUCUGCCUUGAGAUACAUAAACCAGGAAGAAACGUUUUGCUGUCAGAGUUUCUAGUGCAUUGCCGUUUGCACAAUCCAGCACUUGUUAUUUUAAGUUUGGGAAACAGAUACUUGUGGAUAUUUGGAUUCAGUACAAAAUUAGUAGACCUGAAAAUGGCAGAUGUUAUUGUGGUGGUUGAUUUUGAAGGACAGCUUGGAGAUGAACUCACAGUCAAGGCAGGUGACAUCAUUAAGAAUGUAAAACCAUCUGGGGAGUCAGGAUGGCUUUUCGGAGAGCUGAAUGGAAAGAAAGGAUGCUUCCCCAGACAUUUUGUUCAGGAGAUCCCUGCUUCAUUUUCAUGCGGGCUCAACAGAAACCCAAGGUCACUACGUAAAUCCAGCUUGGUCAAAAAGAAGAAGCAGCGAUGGUGUGAAGCACAGUUUCUUUAUACACCUACAAAGGGCGAUGAACUAGAAAUAAAAGUUGGAGACAUUAUUGAAGUCUUGCAAGAGAUUGAAGAUGGCUGGUGGCUGGGGAAACUGAAUGAUGUCACUGGAGCAUUUCCAUCCAACUUUGUCAAGGAGCUCUCUUCAGAUAAAAUACCUGUGACUCUGAACCAUGGACACGCACCCAUUAACAGUACACCAAAGCAAAGGCAACAGCCUUCUGAAACAGCACCUGACAUCAUUAAGGACAGUGAUAAGUCAAACCUUUCACCAGGCUCCACAGAAAAUGGUGAUACUCAAGGAGUCAAAGAAUACUGCAAGGCAAUGUUCGAUUUUGGAGCUUCUGCAGAUGAUGAACUUGACUUGAAGAAAGGCGAUACUAUCUUAGUUAUUAAUAAGGUCACAGAAGAUGAGGGCUGGUGGGAAGGAGAAAAGGAUGGCAAGAGAGGAUUUUUUCCUGAUAAUUUUGUAAUAUUGCUUACGUCUGAAGCCAAUGCUAGUACAAAACCAUUACCUCCUAGGACACUAUCCAUAAAGAAAACAGAGGAGUCAAAUGAGCAGAAGAAAGAGCAGUCACCAAAAUCAUCUGUUCAGCCUGCAAAGAAACCUCCCCCUCCACCUGGCAAAAGCAAACUGAUUCAAAGCUUGUCAUUCAAACAUAAUGGGGAAUUGCAUCCAAUAGUCCCUAAACCAACAGUAACAGAACCAGCAAAGGACAGGCAUAAUGAGACAGAAGUGGAUGGCCUAGACUGUGUGCAGGUAUCCAGUGAGAAGCUGAGUCACCCCACUGCUAAUAGGCCAAAACCUCAAGGAAGGCGACCACCAACCAAUCUACAUAGCCCUCCACCUGUUGCAGAGAAAUCAGCUGCAGCUCCUUUCACAGUAAAGGGUAUAGGUGCACAGGUUUUGCCACCUUUGCUAUCUCCAACAUCCAAAAAAGCAGGAUGUCCUGUUAAACGCACUCCAUCUAAUAUCAUUGCCGAGGCCAAACCAAAAUCUGAGACAGAAACUACAGACAAAACGCUACUGGAAGAACUGAAGGCUGAGAUUCAGGAAAUGAAAUUUGCACUAGAGCUUGUAAAGAACCAACAUCAGAAAGAUGUUGCUGAACUGAAACAUGAAAUCACAGAAGAAAGGACAAAAAGAAUGUCUUUGCAGGCUGAAGUGGAAAAAAUAAGAAAACUUCUUCCAUCAUAAGAGUAUGUCCCUGUUUGUGGAAGAGCUUGAAACUGCCCAGCUUUAAAGAACUGUACAGUAUAUUUUGCAUUCUGAAUAAGAUCUGCCUGUUUAAUACAUAUGCAUUUACAUAAUUAAACUAAAACACUUUAAGGUUUCCAAUGUUUUAACAUACCUUUAUAAAGCUGGACUUAUGACAAGGUAUUUUUUGCAGGGAGAUAUAGAAAUUUAUUAUUAGUUUAUUUGUAUGAGCAUUUAAUAUUAGCAAUGUAAAAGGGAACUGGGUUUACAUUUAUUUGUUUCUGUGAUGUUCUAUGUCUAAAAGCUUUUAUGAACCAAUUACAAGGGGUGGCUAACAUAAAAGAUGCUGCUUUAGCAUGAUUAUGAGAAAAAAGUACUAACACUGUACUAAAUGCUGAAAACCAAGUAGCUGUGAACUGUAUCGAUCAGCAGCACUCAGAAGCCCAAUGCACUCUAUCUGAACUGCAGAAUAAAUUGUCCCCCUACAGAAAUAUUUAAAUAAUUUGAGCCCCCACUUUGAACUGUAGAUGGAACUUUCUCAGACUGACUUGACGAGGAAAAAUAGGCUGUGACAGACUGAUUCUGAAUGUGAAAUGUUUAAAAAUAUCAGUUAAAAUCAAUCGGUUCUUCAUUCUGGCAAACCCCAUCGUACAAAGGAGACCACUUCUGUAUUGCCGUUGCCACCCUUAUAUCAUCUCCAGUGAUGUUGCAACCACAGUGACAACUGUGUUACAGCUGCAAUAGACCUUGCAGAAGUGUGUUAGAGGGAAGCAAGCUAACAUUAAGUGCCAUAGCCCAUGCAUCAGAAGCUGGAAACCUUUUAUCAGCCCCUCAGCUGAAUGCAGAACUGACACAGCAGCUCAGUAAGGGAGAUGUCACAAUGGUGUGAACAAACAUGAAGGAUGGUGUUAUAUGAAAUAUGGAUGAUCAUUAACAAGACAGAAUGAAUGGUCAAGACUGGAAAGCUAACAUACGGAGGCCAAGGGCAGGUGGGGAUGAAAGGCAACUUACAAUUGUCACUGGUUAUAUAGACAAAAAAUCAGCUGGACUGAAUUAUAAUACUUGUGAUGGGUGCCACUAAAAGGUAUGUUAGUAAAGUAGGGAAAAUAUCAGUCAAAUAACCUGAUUGUGUAGUAAUUUUUAAAGAUGAUAUGUCCUGAAUCUGUCUGAUAUCACUGACAGUUUAUCUGCCUCAUUAGAGCUAUACUGCAUGUUUAGGAUUCAAGUUUUGUGCAUUAAUCCAAAAUGUAGCUGAAUGUCAACAAAUGUAAUAUAAUAUCAUGACGUUCACGUUUAAUGUACUUUUCUGUAUAAAAUUUUAUGUUCAAGUCAAACAAA